AUGGGCAAAGGCGAAAGAUCCUACUCGUUCAAUUCCUUGAGCUUCUCAGAAACACUCGUCGAACAUGGCGUUAUUUCCCCCUCAAGAUUAGACUCUCUACCUACAAUUCUAGACGAUACUAUCGCGACAGCCAAGAAGGUCGAAACAGUAGGAAGACUACACCUUUCGAAUAAACCUGCUUGUCGUUGGAAGAUUGGACACAGUAAAGAUGCCCUUGGAUCAGUGCAUAAUAAGCUGGAAAAAGCACCCACCUUACUUUCGAUUGUCACUUACCUUAACAUCCUUACGCUCACUAUUCUGGGGCAUUUCAGAGACUUUUUUGGCAAAUUAUUCAAAGCCGACGAGUACGCACAUUUACGGUAUCAUGAGGGAUAUGCACCUUUAGUUUCUGACUUUGACUCAUUUUACACGCGAAGAAUGUACAUGCGUAUACGAUUAACAGGAAAAAGUACAAAGAACCUAAAUCUGUCAUCCUAUAACUAUCUUGGCUUCGCUCAAAACACAGGCCCAUGCGCUGAUAUCGUAGAGAAGAAUGUCAGGUUGCAAGGAAUCACUUCAUGCAGUCCCCGAGCGGAGGCAGGCACGACAGAACUUCAUCGGGAACUCGAACGAACCGUUGCCAGAUUUGUUGGAAAAGAGGAUGCAAUGGUGGUUAGUAUGGGUUUUGCCACAAACUCAACGACAAUCCCAGCCUUAGUAGGCAAAGACUGCCUUAUUAUUUCUGAUGAGCUUAAUCACUCUUCCAUCAUUUUUGGUGCUCGCCUCUCUGGUGCUUCAGUUAGAACGUUCAAACACAAUGAUAUGGAGAAUUUGGAGGAGCUUUUGAAAGAAGUUAUCUCGCAAGGACGACCAACGGAUCAUGCUCGUUGGAAGAAAAUCCUACUUAUUGUGGAGGGUUUAUAUUCGAUGGAAGGAACCAUUGUCAACUUACCAGCUCUGAUACAGUUGAAGAAGAAGUAUAAAUUUUAUCUGUAUGUUGAUGAAGCUCAUUCCAUAGGUGCUUUGGGAGACGUUGGUGGAGGUGUGUGCAAUUUUUGGGGCGUAGAUCCUGCCAAUGUCGACAUUUUGAUGGGUACCUUCACAAAAUCUUUUGGUUCAGCAGGUGGUUAUAUCGCUGGCGAUAAAGCCAUCAUCAACCAUUUGAGAGUUCAAAACCAUGCAUACCUUUACGCAGAAUCGAUGUCGGUGCCAGUAACACAGCAAGUGAUAACGAGUAUGAAGAUAAUUGCUGGAGAAGAUGGCACGAAAGAAGGCAAAAGAAGAAUCGAACGACUUAAAAACAAUAGCUUAUACUUUUCUAAACGUCUCAAGCAUAUGGGGCUUAUUGUUUAUGGCGAUACCGGUAGUCCCGUUAUUCCACUAUUGCUAAUUCAACCGGCUAAAAUUCCCUCCUUUUCUCGGGAGAUGCUGAAAAGAGGCAUUGCCGUGGUUGUGGUAGGUUACCCAGCCACACCAAUUGAUGAAGCGCGAGCUAGAUUUUGUAUAUCAGCCUCUCAUACGAAAGAGGAUCUAGAUUAUGCUUUGCAAGCGAUAUCAGAAAUAAGCGAUAAAAUUAGUCUUAGAGUACGAAAAGAAACACCCUAUAUAGACGAUGAAUUAAGCUACUCAUAA